UCGGCUGGUCGCCAUAUUAAACCUGACGGAAUCAGCGACGCUCCGCGGUUGGGAUCGCGAGGGGCCCCUCUCCAAAACAAAUCCCGAUUUACACCUCCAUUCCCCUUAUUCACCCCGGGAAUCAUUUAUGCAUCGGAUUGAAUAAGCCAGUCUGUUCUCAGACAGGAGUUGUCUGGGAAGGAGAUUUAGUUCUAGUGUGUUUGAGAGAUGAGUACUUUGACCCAGCGGAGCUCCGGCCUGGUGCAAAGACGCACCGAGGCUUCGCGCAGCGCUGCAGCCGCAGACCGAGACCGCGGAUCCGGCGACGAGGACUACGAGCCCCGCCGUGGAGACGAGCAGGACGACGAUGACAGCGGUGAUUCCAAGGAAACCAGACUGACCCUGAUGGAGGAAGUACUGCUGCUGGGCUUGAAAGACCGCGAGGGCUACACCUCCUUCUGGAAUGACUGCAUUUCAUCAGGCCUGCGGGGCUGCAUGCUCAUUGAGCUGGCCUUACGAGGGAGACUGCAGCUGGAGGCCUGUGGCAUGAGGAGGAAAAGCCUGCUUGCUCGGAAGGUUAUAUGUAAGUCUGAUGCUCCAACGGGAGAUGUGCUUUUGGAUGAGGCUCUGAAACACAUAAAAGAUACUCAGCCGCCCGAAACCGUACAGGGCUGGAUAGAGUUACUCAGUGGCGAGACAUGGAACCCCCUGAAGCUUCACUAUCAGCUGCGUAACGUCCGAGAGCGCCUGGCGAAGAACCUUGUAGAGAAGGGCGUCCUCACCACCGAGAAACAAAACUUUCUUCUGUUCGACAUGACUACACACCCACUUACCAAUAAUAAUAUUAAGCAGCGCCUUAUUAAGAAGGUGCAGGAGGCCGUGCUGGACAAGUGGGUGAACGACCCUCACCGAAUGGACAAACGUAUUCUAGCCCUUAUAUUCCUCGCCCAUUCCUCGGACGUACUAGAGAACGCGUUCGCCCCGCUGCUGGAUGACCAGUAUGAUCUGGCCAUGAAGAGAGUACGGCAGCUGCUGGACCUGGAGCCUGAGAGCGAGAGCAUGAAGAACAACACCAAUGAGCUGCUGUGGGCUGUGGUGGCUGCCUUCACCAAAUGAAGCAGGUUCAGUUCUGAUGGACGUGUGAUCAAAUGUAAAACUGUUGGACUGGUAAAAUCAGCUUUGAGUUGGAUUGACCUGGUAUGUCAGAAUGGAGUGUCAGUUUUCUUUCCUUGUAGAUAUUCCUUCCUCGCUACUCUCUGCAAGAUCUAUCAUUGGGUGUCUCUUUUGUUUGGUAAGGGGACCAGUUUAUUUUCUCCUUCUUGAAUCGUUUGUUCAAUUGAAUGCAAUUGGGUACCUUCUCAGCGUAGACUGUUGGAACAUUUACCAUUCGCGUCAAAGUCGCACCAAAUGGCUUGUUUUUUAUUCCUUUCUUGUCUGGACAUCUGUGUUGGGCUCCUAACAGAUUUGUCAAUCGGAAAAUUAAGUAAGGAUUUUUCCAUUUUGUUAUCAGUUUCAUGCAUUUAAUUGGACUCAACAGAUGCUCAAGAAAAUAAAGUACACUGCAGUGUGUCAUAAUUUUUCAUUCAAUUUGUUUUCAUACUAAUAAUAGAGCCUAAAAAUAAACCAAAAAGGUUAUCAAGGGCAAAAUCCUGUAAUGAUAACAGAUUAAACCUUAUUUUAAUUGCUAGUUUAAAUGCAAAUUUAGGGAAGGCUGUUAGAGGACCUGUUCAGUAUUUACUAGGUGUAUUAUGAGCAUUU